AUGGCUGCCAUCAACUAUCCACCAUACGACUCACUGCCCUUGAGAGGAGGCAAGCGAUCGGCCUGGGCUAUAUGGAAUAGAGACGGAGUACCGGACCAUCUUGGUGCCCUCAAUCAUUUAGACUCGGAGGCUCGUUGUGCCGCCGCUCGAGAAGUCGUCCAUGGUGAAUCAUUCCAGCUUGACUGGGCGUACGAUGAGAUCGGCAAACCGGCCUUUGGCCGUCAAGGUCUCACACACAAUGUCAUCGACUACCACAAGGUCACGGGUGAAAUGGCUCACGACGAUGUCAUCACCUUCAACACACAGUGCGGAUCUCAGUGGGAUGGCUUUAUGCACUACGCCGACCAGAAUUUGGCCUCGUAUUACAAUGGUGUGAAGCAUGGCCAGAACACGAUACAAGAUCCCGCGUCGCACAGUAUACAUUAUUGGUGCAAGAAAGGUAUCGUUGGCCGCGGGGUGCUACUUGACUGGCCUCGUUGGCUGGAAAGCACCGGAAAGGAACCGUUCUCUCCAAUUUCUUCAAGAGGCCUUUCGGUGCAGGAUAUGAAGUUAAUUGCGGAGCAUCAGGGUGUUCAAUUCUCCCACGGCGACAUCCUGAUCAUUCGAACUGGAUUCUUAAAGUGGUACCGUGAAGCGCCAGAACAGGCCAGAUCAGAUGCCUUCGACGCCCUCCGAUUUGCCGGAGUUCAACAAGGGACCGAAACGCAGAGGUGGCUGUGGGACAGCAGGUUCGCCGCUGUGGCCGGUGAUGCCGUGAGUUGGGAAUGUUAUCCACCUCCUAGCGACGGGUCAAUGCUUCACCAAUGGCUUCUGCCCCAUGUUGGCAUACCGAUAGGGGAGCUAUGGGAUCUGGAGAGCUUGGGUGAAGCCUGUCAUCGGCUGAAAAAGUGGACCUUCAUGCUGUGCUCCGCUCCACUGAACAUACCUGGAGGCAUUGCCAGCCCCCCCAAUGUGGUGGCGAUAUUGUGA